UCUCUCUCUCUCUCUCUCUCUCUUCAUCUCCUUCGCCGUCACUCUCUCGCUCUGUUUCUCUGUCUCUUUAUCUCCCUCCCCCUCCUCACCCCUCUCUCUCGGACUCAGAUUAUCUCCAUCAUCCUGCCGCUAAAAUGACGACUCCAGAAGGUACUGGCGCAGAAGGUGAGGGGGGCCCUGCGGCUCCGGCCCCAAACCUCACCAGCAACAGACGACUGCAGCAGACACAAGCACAAGUAGACGAGGUGGUGGACAUCAUGCGUGUGAAUGUGGACAAAGUAUUGGAGAGGGACCAGAAGCUGUCGGAGCUGGACGAUCGGGCCGAUGCCCUGCAGGCCGGAGCCUCGCAGUUCGAGAGCAGCGCCGCCAAACUCAAGAACAAGUACUGGUGGAAAAACUGCAAGAUGAUGAUCAUCAUGGCGAUCAUAGGUGUAAUAUGUUUUGGAGUCAUCUUCUUGUAUUUCUUCUACUGAGCAGCUCUUCAGGGAUGGACGCACGAGUUGCAGGAUGAGUCUGCACCAACAACACCAAGCCAAAACCCAGCCUGUCCUCAGCUUCCCUCCUGCUCUUCAUCCUCCUCUUUAUCAGAAAAGCUCCAUUCUAGGUCUGUAAUGUGCUCCAGUCCAGUGCCUCCUUCUCUUCUUUUUUCUUUUCUUCAUAAAUGUCUCCGGAGUGAAUGUAAUAUUCUUGUUUCAGGACAGUAAAUGAGUACAUUUAAAACAAUGUUCUUUUUCCUGGUUCUUGUAUUUAAAAGGAAGUAAAAAUAAUAAAUACAAUAAUAAAUAAAUAAAAGGAAGUCAUAUUUCUUGUAGCCAAGGGAUAUAAAACAAACAACUGCAAUUUUCCUGCAUGUCUAAAAUUGAAUUGAACCAGGUUUUUUCCUCCGGUAUACUACACCAUAUUCGGCUGAAGCUCUCUGGAUUAUACAGUAUUCUAUUUUUAUUUUAUUUAUGGGCAAGAUUUCCCCCCUCAUAAAGGGAUUCAUAAAAAUGGUCUAAGGGACAGGAAGUGUUACGUGACUUUUUUUUUUUAUUGGGUCCAUUGCUUUGUUUUACAUCUGUAAUACAGUAUUGUUCAGGAAAGCUGCCCCCUUGCUGGCAGUAUGGGUACUGCUACUGAUGUAUUUCGAUUUUAAAUCCGACAGGAACAAUUUUGAUUUAUUUUCCUCCUGUGUGUCCACCCAGCCUCAGUUUGAGUUAUUGUAACAGUUGUGAUGCAGCACUUCCUGUUUUUAUUUCAGCUGUGGUUCGAAUGCUAUGCUUGAAUGUGACUCCUCUGUGGCUUUUUCUGAAAGAAAAUGGUGAGACUGUAGACAUCAUUGGUGGAUUAUUUAAAAUGUAAAGAGAAAUAUAGAUUAGAACUGAGAGUGCUUGAGCUUUCCCACUGUUAGCUGAGGACUUUACAUUUGACCUUUAAAAAGCAGUUAUGUUGAUGGACGGGGGUCUCAAAUAAAUUCAUAUUUCCAAAAGAAAUGCU